ACAAAGAAUUCAAGUACCCAAAUAUGUUUGAAAUCAAGUAUAUAAAUUUUGACAUUCAAUGAAGAAAUUUACAUUCAGAAAAAUAACAAACAAAAAACAAAAAAUGGAAACAAAAUUGGAGAAAAAUUUUUUCGAAUUUGAACGUUUUAUUCGUCGUUUCGAACCAAAUCUAUGGAUAUUUCCAUAUAUUACUGGUUUAUUAUUGUUUAUUACGUUAAUAUUAUGUUAUUUAGUAACAUCAUUCGUACAAGGAUAUCCAGUAUUUUGGUUGGUCAGUGAUGUUGCUGCAUCAUCACCAGUAUCCGGUUAUUUUUCACAAUCAAUGGAUUUGAUUGCCAUACUAGCCAUUUUAAGUGUUUAUCUUCGUUGUAAACAAAUUGAAUAUUAUUUAAAGGAAAUAAUUCCCGAAUCAAAAAAUCAACAAGUAAACAAUCCAGAAAUGAUAAGAAUUUUAAAUGAAAAAAAUUAUCAAUCAUUUAAUUGUGCUAUAUUAAGUUCAAUCGGUUUUAUGAUACUUGGAAAUUUUGAUAGUUUUGAACAUCUUAUUGGUCAUUUUUUUGGUGUUGCAUUAUUAUUUACAACGAUACCAUUUUUAUUAGCACAGAAAUAUAUUGCCGAAAAACUUUAUGAAUGUGAUCAAAUUGAAUAUCGACCAACAAUGUUAACAAUAAUAACAUAUACGGUAGCAAUUGGUUGGCCAUUAAUAUCAUCAAUAUUUGCCUGUUCAUUAAUAAUGAAUGGUUCAAUAUUUGAUUGGUUUGAUCAGAAUUUACGUUUAUAUUGGCCCAGUGAUUCACCAAGUUUUUAUUUAUAUCGUUUUGGUGUUAUACUUGAAUGGUUAGUUAUAAUAAGUUAUUCACCAAUGUUAUUUAUUAUUAGUAAUCGUAUGAAAUUAUUUAAAUAUUGGAAUCGUAUUGUUUAUUAA